UGCUAGUCUGCUAGAGCAGUGUCUCUUGUCUCUCUUAUUUGAGCUCAAGUCGUCACUCUCACGCGGACACACAAAUAGAUAUUAUUCAUCUCCAUAAAAUCAAACAAAAUCAGAACCAAAUAUUCUUUCUUUGUUUCUUCUUCUUCUACACCUUUCACUCUUCGAUUCCACUCACCACAGACCCAUGUGAACAACUCCCAGUUGGGUUUUUGCUUCAGAGUUUAGAACAAGAGUUUCCUAAAAAAUCCAACCUUUUUGCUCUGUUUUUUUUGGUUCUGUGCCUCUUCACUGCUUGGAGAUUGAAACUCUACAGUUCUGCGUUGUGUUUGUGACUGGUUUCGAUGAGAGUUCAUAUCUGGGUCUGAAAAAUAUCUCACGUUUUUGGUCCUCGAUCUUUCAACUUCUCCUGCUUUGUCUUUGUGCCUCUUCACAGUCUCAAAAGGUUCAAAGUCAGUCAAGGCCCUUAAAAACCCCAUCUCAUCGGAUCCUUAUAAAACUGCUCGGUUUUUCGUUUCCCACCAUUCAAUUUCCACUUCUCCACCCAAAUAAUCCAAAACCCACAACUUUUGCUUCUAAAGUUUCCAUAUUUUGGUUCUUGCUACUAUUCACACUUGAUCAAACAAGCUUCUCAAAAGUACCCAAGUCUCUUUUGCUGUUUAAUAAGGUUUCUGCAAAUCAAACCCACUUCACCAAAUCCUCCAAAUUAAAACACAAGCUGUUCUAUCUCGGCCUCUUCAAAAAUGCAAGACCCAACGACGUUCCAACCCAUGAAAGCCCAAUUCCCAGAGCAAGAGCAGCUGAAAUGUCCACGCUGUGAUUCUUCAAACACCAAGUUCUGCUACUACAACAACUACAAUCUGUCGCAGCCUCGCCACUUCUGCAAGAACUGCAAGAGGUACUGGACCAAAGGUGGUUCCCUCAGAAACAUUCCAAUAGGCGGUGGAAGCAGAAAGAACACCAAGAGAUCUUCUUCGGGUUCGAAACGUUCUUCAUCGGCUACUAAUUCCUCAUCAUCAACCCUGUCGAGCUCAGCAGCUGCAGGAGCAGCAGCAGCAGCAGCUCAGAACCAGGAUCCGCAGCCGGACCGGACUCGGCUCUACGGCCCGAAAAUGGAUCCAGAUAAUCCGAUGCUGGAUAUUUCUGGGAGCUUCAGCUCACUGUUAACAUCUAAUGAUCAGUUUGGGUCUCUUAUGGAGGGUCUGAAUCCAAAUGGGUCGGGUUUGAAACUGAUGCAUAUGGGUGAGUUUGGGGAGAAUGUGGUGGAUUCAUCAGGACAUGGGUUGAAUUCGGAUCCGGGUUUGGAGGUCCAGAGCAGUGGGAAUCCAGAGAGCUAUAUGGGUUUGCAAAGUGGGGAUUCGAGCUGUUGGAAUGGGAGCAAUGGGUGGCCUGACCUUGCCAUUUACACACCAGGUUCAAGUUUUCAGUAGAUAAUUAGAUGAAUGCUUUCCAUAUAUAUUAGUCUACGAUAUAUUAUGUUUGACACUUGGAAACUAUGAUCGAUUGUGAAGAGAAAUGGAGCAUGAAUGACUCUUUAGGCUUAAUGCUAAGCACAGCUUUAAGCUUUAAUUUUAGCAUUUUCUGAGGUUAUAGAGAGGUUGAGAAACACCAAAGUCCACAGAGCCAUACCAAUAGUGUUCCAUAUGUAAUGGUUUGUUUUGUUCUCUUUUGUGUGGUUUUUGGUUGUAUCUGAUAUAACUUAAAUAUGAAUGACCUUUUCUUGUUCUCUUUCA